UGCGGCCCGGAGGAGUUUUGCGGAGGGGCGGCCCGCGGCGCGGGUGCCCCGCUCUGCCUCGCCUGCCGGAGACGCCGCAAGCGCUGCCUGCGGGACGCCAUGUGCUGCCCCGGCAUGACCUGCAGCAACGGGCUCUGCACUCCCCCGGAGCCUCCCCACGGAGCCGCCGAGCUGGACGAGAUGGGUACCGAGGUGCUGCCCCGACGGACGCCUGCUCCUGCCUGGCUCCCCACUGCCAAAGGUGAGGAAGGGGACUUCUGCCUGCGUUCAUCGGACUGUGCGGCUGGGCUGUGCUGUGCCCGUCACUUCUGGUCCAAAAUCUGCAAGCCGGUACUGCGGGAAGGUCAGGUGUGUACCCGGCACCGGCGGAAAGGCACCCACGGCCUGGAGAUCUUCCAGCGGUGCCAGUGCGCCGAGGGGUUGGCAUGCCGCCUGCAGCGAGAGCACGGCCCCGCCGACACCUCCCGCCUGCACACCUGCCAGCGGCACUGA